ACCUUCAAGUUGAAUUUUUGAAGAAGGUUGAACGUGAGGUGGCAAAACGAGUAGAGCUGAUUUCAAGUGCUCAAAUACAAGAUGGUAUUAAUAUUGUAAAUUUGGGUGAUGGAGAAUUUAAUCGUUGGAACCUUCAUCAAUAUCAUACAAAAAAACCAUCGGAACCUACCAAGGAUUCCGAGUGGACUGGUGAGAAUGAAAUGAUAAACGAUAAUCUGAUCGAUGGAGUAACGACGACGAGCGGCAAGGAAGUGACAGGAGUGAAAACGAAAAAUAAUGAGACAGAGGCUGUACAAGAAGGAAGUCAUCAUAAUAUUAAGGGUCGGGCCAUUGUUGGUGGUAUGCUUGUGGCGAUGUGA